ACAAGGCGAUUCACCUGGUCAAGAAUUCCACACAAAACGAAAAAACAUUACUACAAAUAGCAAAUCUCCUCGAAACAAAACAAAGAAACAGCAAAUUUGGUGGGCGGAAUCUGCGCGGGCACUGCAUAAAUGCUCUGAAGCGCGUACCCACGGUUCAAUUCAAAAGCAACACGACAAUGAUGGCCAGAAAAGAUCACAGCCAUAUAUAAAUCCAAACUCUGCCAUCUGCACUUUUAUUUAUUUUCCCAAUCAUUUUCUCUCAUGAUCUCCGACGACUGAGUGUCUCUGCGUAUUUUCAAUCCCACCCGUCCCAUUCUCUCCAAAUUUUGCGCUUUUCGAAUUCAAUUCACUGAUUUUCCUGCCCCCAUCAGCGGGGAAUUAUCGGCUCUGGUUGGGUGGAUUCUGGGUAUUGAAAUUUUUCAGUGGUUGUUUCUGAAAAUAGAUGGAUUUCGCCAGAAGGGGUUCCCUCUAGUGGGGAAAUCUUGGCGGGGUUACGCCCCGAAGUUCAAAAUCUUAUGCCCGCCUCGCUGCCGAUUAGAAAUUUAAUUACAAUAAUAGUAAUCUUGUUUGAAUGGAAGGGAUCUCCAUGAAGUUACACACUUGUAUUCCCUAGAUACUGCUUCCAUUGGGGAUGUGAUGGAUGUUCUUUAAGACUGGGUGAAGAAAAUUAUAAAGGUAAUGGAAUCUAAACAACACACACCAAGUGUUAUUGCCAGCUUGAUGGGUUUUUAUGUGAUGCCUCAUCAGCAGCCACCCAACAAGCAGCACCGAGUUCUCUCUGAGAGCUAUCUCCGCAAGACUGCUUCUAUUGGUGUCCGAGAGAAACGGCCAACCUACGAAAGCCGUUCGUUUAGGAUGAGCAUUGAUGAGCAUCAAGAAUUUAAAGAUAUCUUUAAAGUACCAGCAACAUCAAAGAUGGAUGAGCACCAAGAUCUACCAGUUCAAUUGAGCAGAGAAAAAUCAAAUUUGAGUAAAUCAAAGACGUUAUUCACAAGUGACAGGUUCAAAGAUGUGAGUCAGCAUUCAAAAACGGAGUUUGGUGGUACAGUGGAUGAGCUAGAUUCUCGCAGUGAUGUUUUACAGAGGACAACAGGGAAGACAGCUGUGCAAGGGAAUGGCACAAAAUUGCAUCAGAAUCAUGAGAAUAGUUUUCUCAAACAUCUCCACAAGGAACUUGGUGUUGAUUACACGCAAAAGUCAAGGGAUGGGGCAUGUCUUUCUUCUACAAGGAUUGUUGUUUUGAAACCGAGCUCUGGGAAGGCACAAAAUGCUUCUAAGUCUUUCUUUCCGCCUGGUUCAUAUGAAGGUUCUCUAUCAUGUAAGAAGAACCACAAGGAAUUUCGGACUCUUGAAAAUGGAGACUUAUUUGUUAGGACGGAUGAAAGGAAAAAAGUGGACAAUGAUAUGGAAUUUUCAAGGCAUAGUUUUAGAGUUUCAAGGGAAAUUGCAAAGGAGAUUGCCAGAAAGAUGAAGCAUUACAUCAGAAGCAGUUCUACAGACAUAUCAAAAGCAGAUUUAACUAGUAACGGAACCUCCAAAGAUCAGCCUGAGUUGACCAUGCCUCCUUCUCAUAUUUCCUUAGAUUGGAAGAACGGACAACAAAACUUGCUUUACCAUUCAAAUGCAUUGUCUGUUAAUAGGGAAACCAAGAAGAGAUUCUUAGAGCGAUGGAAAACGACUAAAAGGUAUCAAGAAGUUGGACUAUCUAGUAGGAGUGUUACCCUGGGUGAAAUGCUUGCAAUGCCUCAUCAGGAAAUAAAGCCAAGAAAUUUGGAUGUCAAGCUAGGUAAGCAUGGCCUGAGAAAUCAAUGUGCUCUUUCAGACGAAGAUGUGAAGCUGGGCAGUCAUUUAGGUAUUAAUAUUCAUGAUGGUUGGAAGGAUGGAUGUGCCCAUGUUUUUCCGAAAUCCAGAUGUGUUCCUCCAACUGCUUCUGGAAGUCCUAAUGCUUGGACUAGAGGUGAAGCUCUUAACUGUGACUGGUAUGUGAGGCCAGAAGAGACUGUAUACAAGGGACAGCACGAGUCAAGGAAGCAAAAUUUUGACCAGAAGGAUGUUCUAAAACCUAGGAACUCAACAUCCAAUUGUAGGAGACCUCUGUCUUUUCCUUGCAUGGAUUUAGAUAACUAUCACACUUCACAAGAAGGUUAUUCAAUCACCAAUGAGAUGAAGAGCAAACUUGUGGUGGAGAAUCCACCUGAGCAAAGGUCCAUGGCUCUUGGACUAUCCAUCACUUCUCAGAAUCUUUCUGAAUGGAAUUCUGUGGUUCCUAAGUCAUCAGUCAGUAGCGUCGCCUCUGUAAGUAUGGUUUCUGACGUGAUGACUGAUGAAGAAAUGGAGGAUGUGGGCACAUGUUUUGUAUCCCCCAAGAAGCAACAGUCUAAAUCGUUUGACUGCAACUUCGCAGUAAAAGAUAGAGCAUCUCCUUCUUGUGUCCUAGAUCCUUCAAUUCCACAGGAAACGUUGAGUGGAUCUAUUGAGGAAGGUAAGGUUAUGUCACUAUGUCCCCGGAUGGACAUUGAUUCUCCUGGAUGUUCAGAUGAGUCUUACCAACCAAGUCCAGUUUCAGUUUUGGAUUCAUUGUUGAAAGAAGAGAUUUCUUCACGAUCUGAAUGCUUUGAGAGUAUCAGUCCUGAUCUUCAUGGUUUACAAAUGCAACUUCUAAAGUCAGAGCCAUCAGAAUCAUACUCAGAGGGGCCUGAAAUGAUAAUGACAAGCAAUGAAGAUACUGGAGAAGGGUCUGUCAAUCUUUCUCAAGAACAUGAAUUUAUAAAGUCAUCAAGACCCGAAGGGAAUAGGGAUUUCUCUUACCUAGUUGAUGUAUUAGAUGAAGCAGGUUCUCACGAUGGGAACUGGGAUUUGGACUUUGAAAUAUGGCACUCUCCAGAAUGCCCACUGAGCCCCUUGGUGUUUAAGGUGCUAGAGAAGAAGUAUGAGGAGCAGAUGUCUUGGGAUAGGACAGAAAGGAGGCUUCUGUUUGAUCGUAUAAAUUCAGGAUUGUUGGAGAUUUUCCUGCCAUGCAUAAGCCCGGGCGAGUGCGCAAAGCCUGUGAGAAAAAGGUUCGGCUCCAGGUUGAGCCGGGAGUUGGUUGAGGAAGAUCUGUGGCUGUUGUUGGUUGACCAGGAAAAGGAAGCGAGCAAGAAGUCAUCUGAGAAGGUGCUGGGAAAGGACAUGAGGUGGUUAGAGCUGGGGGAUGAAAUUGAGUUAAUUGGUAGGGAAAUAGAGAGAUUGUUGAUUGAAGAGCUAGCAGAGGAAGUCGUGGCUCUUGAGAACAGAUAUUUUUGAACUAGAGUUUGCUUUUUUCUUGCCGAGCGAAGAGUUUUCUUUUUCCUUUCUUGGCGGAGACAUACAUGUAGAUAUAGUAAAAGUUUUGAUAGUCAACACUCGGGUUGGAAGAAUGCAUGAUAUUUAAAGAUUCAGCAUGAUCGCACUUGGAAGCAAUAUUGGAGAGGAUCUAUUUUCCCAACUCCCUACGUAUUGGGAUAGAUUUCUGCAAACUGCCUCUAUUUUUGCAUUGAGGCGAAAUAUAUGAUCAUACAGUCGGGUGUUUUCCAUGCCGUGGUGACACUACAGUUUCUUCACACAUUUUUUUCUUGCUCCUGCUUACAACCGUGGUGUGCUGCAGUUUGAAUGUAUGUUUUUUUUUUUUGUUGGUAUUUGAUUGAAUGGUUUGUGAUCGCUUGUUGAUUGAUCAUAAGACCUGAGAUACCACUUUUUCAAAUUUGAGCGUCUCCUUCUGUGCAAUAUAUUUAUGAUCUUGUCUAGCCAAAAGUAAAACAAAUGGGCAUUCUCUAGUAUAAAAAAAUGGUAACUUCUGUUUGA